AUGUCUCCCUCCCCAAGACCACGAGAAGAUGAAUUCAAUCCUUACCACUACGAGCGUACCGACAGCCAAAGAAGCUGGAGUUCGUCGAAUCGAUCCAACGCUACUUCACCGUUCGAGGCAUCAUCCAACGACAUGUUCGCUUUCUUGACACCAAGCUGGGACAUGCCCUGCAUGCACGAUGAGCGGACGAUGUCGUUCGAGGAAGCCACCGCCGCCUUGAAGCAGCACAAGGACUCCACCCGUAAAGCUCAGAAUAGAUCUGCCCAACGAGCAUAUCGAGAACGACAGCAAUCACGGCUGAAAGAAAUGCAAGCUACGAUUGAGGAUCUCUCAUCUGACAGAAACAAGCUGAGGAGUCAGAUUAAGGACCUGGAAAGCAACUUGAACCGCGUGAAAGUGGAUGCUACAAUUAGGGAUAUCAAGCUCAAGCGAAGAAGGACUUUACCUGACCACGUCCCGAAGAGAAUGCCGGAGGUUCCGCCGACCCUGGAGAAGGAAGAUAGUGUAGGGUGGAUGCUAAAGCAUAUAUAUGGGUUGGAGGAGGCGGAGGAUGAUCUCUUUGCGGUGUUUGAGGUGAAUGGCCGAGGUGCCCAGCCAUCAUGA